UCAAAUGUAAAAGAGAGCGAAAAUUUUCAACCGCCGGAUAAACUGAGAUCUUGUUCUGCGAGCGAACGAUCGGCCCUUAUACUCCAGGAACUGAUGCGCAUGCUCGAGUCUUUCUUCCUCCAAGCUUAAUAAUACUCAGUUUUUCAGUCAUGGAAAAUGGAAACAAGGAUUAUGUGCCUCAAUCAUUGUCAAAGGCGACAGAUACUGAUGAAUCUGGAGAAUCUGCUGUUAAAGUGAAAUGUAAAGAUCAGAGAGAGGCUUUGCCUGGCGAACCUAAAUGUGUUGUUUGUGGUCGCUAUGGUGAGUAUAUAUGUGACGAGACAGAUGAUGAUAUUUGCAGCAUGGAAUGUAAACAGUCAGUCCUGUGCAAAAUGGCUAAUAGGAACGCACUGCCUUCUGAUUUUCCACCUCCUAAAAGACUUCCUGCAGCUGAUGAGUGCUUUUAUGUGAAGGAUUCUAAUUGUUCGGGAUCUUCUUCUUUGACUUGUGAGCAGACUGAAUUGCUCAGGAGAAAACUUGGAAUUGUUAUAAAGGGAGACAUAGGUUGUGCUCCUACAUUGUCAUUUUCUUCCUGUAACCUUCCUCAGAAGCUCCUUCAAAAUCUAGAGACCGCAGGCUACGAGAUGCCCACAGCUGUCCAGAUGCAAGCUAUACCAGCUGCUUGUUUGGGUAAAAAUCUGCUUGUUUCAGCUGAGACUGGCUCUGGAAAGACCGUGUCCUAUCUGGUCCCAAUAGUUUCUUACUGUGCUCGUGUUCGUCUCGAGAAUUGCCAUGGCGAAAAGAAGCCACUAGCUAUGGUUCUUACACCUACUAGAGAGCUUUGCAUUCAAGUUGAAGAACAUGCUAAGUUGCUUGGAAAAGGUAUGCCAUUUAAAACUGCCCUUGUUGUCGGUGGUGAUGCCCUAGCUGGACAGGUCUAUCGUAUCGAGCAAGGAGUUGAGCUGAUUGUCGCUACUCCAGGCAGGUUGGUUGAUCUUUUGAUGAAGCAUGAUAUUGAAUUCGAUGAGCUGAAGACGUUUGUUCUGGAUGAAGUGGAUUGCUUGCUCCAAAAAGGCUUUCGCGAUCAGGUAUUACAGAUUUUUACGGCUCUUUCAAGACCACAAAUCUUAAUGUAUUCCGCAACUACCUCUCCGGAAGUAGAGAAGAUGGCAAGAACUAUGGGAGAUGGUACUGUUAUUAUAACUGCUGGCAUGUCAAAUAAACCAACUAAGGCUUUGAAGCAGCUUGUUAUCUGGGUUGAAUCAAAGAAUAAGAAGCAAAAGCUUUUCGAUAUAUUAGCAAGCAAGCAACAUUUUAUGCCACCUCUUGUAGUAUAUGUAGGCUCAAGGCUUGGGGCCGAUCUACUUUCUAAUGCAAUUACUGUUACCACUGGGAUAAAGGCAUUGUCGAUUCACGGGCACAAGUCCAUGAAGGAGAGACGAGAAGCCAUGAAGUCAUUUCUGGUGGGAGACGUUCAAGUGAUGGUGGCUACCGGGAUUUUGGGUCGAGGGAUGGAUCUCCUGCGUGUGAGGCAGGUGAUUGUAUUUGACAUGCCAAAUUCCAUCAAGGAGUAUGUUCACCAGAUUGGUCGGGCAUCUAGACUUGGAGAGGAGGGCAAAGCCAUAGUGUUUGUGAAUGGGGAAAAUAAGAAUUUAUUCCAAGAUUUAGUCGAGAUUUUAAAGUCGUCUGGAGCACCUAUACCUCGAGAACUUUCGAAUUCACAUUAUACAGUAAAUUCUUUGCACGCGGCCAGAAAUGGGAGGAAACGGAAGUAUACUUGAUAUAGAUUUGUGGAAGAAUUUCUAUACCAAGUUCUAUCUACCUUUAACGAAUAUAUUUUCGGUCUUAUGAGAUCAUUUACAUUGUCAGUGUUCAUAGUUUCGACGCAAAGUUAACGAAGACAAACUAUGGAUCCCGUUCUCCGUAACGUCUGUUGGCAUUGUGAAAUUUCCCAGUACCUGGGGCAUUUGUGAGCCUGUGGAGGUACUGGAGCUUUGUUAUGACACGCAGUAAAAUCCUUGCGGUAAGCAAUGCACUAAGUUUGAACUUCGGCUGAUGAAAUGCACCUGCGCUUUCGUCACUCUCAGUGUGAUCAGAGUGUUUCCUAGCUGUGAGACCGGGCGAAGCCUCCUCCAACCAAAAAAGUUAGAUGGUGAAUGGUAAUCCUCGAUCAUUUUAGCUGCAAGGGAUGCUAUUUGUUAUUCGAAGUCAAUGAAUUCCAUUUUGGUCGAGUAUUACUGAAAAACAAAAUUAACAAUUUCUUUCUUCCAGAAUGUUGUUACGAUCCUACGCCGAUGCUGCUACGAUCCUAGAAUGUUGUUACUUCAUACAGAAACUAAUGAGUCGUGCGUUGCAACUCAGAGAAAAUCCAAUUGUCAAGGCAACCAGUGCUACAUCCAUUUGUAGUAGCUGAACAUUAGAUUGAAACUGUGUGUUGAGAGAUGAUAUCAUUAAUUGGGGUGUGAUAUGGUCAAUGUUAUUGCUGGUUAGGAAAGAAAAGCGUCCAUGUAAAUGAAUUUCCACAGGUGGAAUUGAACCAUUUUUUCAACACCGCGUUGUGGUUGGUUUUUUCUGUCUUUUUAGUUCAAGAAGGGUGGAAAAUAUGAGAAGCUUCCAAGUUUUUUUUA